CGUUUGAGAGUGCAUUGACAGAUUUUUGCUCGACAAUUAUAUUUUUCAAAUUCAAUAUUUUCAGUCAAUAUGUUGAAACAAAUGUGUGCCAUUUUGUUAAUUUCUCUGCUGUGCUUUAUGCAUAGUGCUACGGCCAUCAAAUGCUACCAAUGCAAGUCCCUAACGGAUCCAAAUUGCGCCAAAGACAACAUCGAUGGCAACUCGAACAUCCGGCAGGUGGAUUGCGAUAAUGUGGCGAAGCCGAACACAAUGGAGCAACUGCAGGCUGUCACCAAAUGCAACAAAGUGGUCACUAGUGAUCGCGCCGGCGUCAUCGUUUCGCGGGACUGCCACUUCGAGACUGUCGGACAGAAGGACAAUGUUUGCACGGUAACGCACAGCCGGCAAGUGGAGAGCUGCUACACGUGCAAGGGGGAUCUGUGCAACGCUUCUGGCGCUGCGCGUUUCAUGGCCGUCGGCUUCGCAGCACUGCUGGCAGUGUUCGCCAUGCAAAUGACUUUGUAAAAAUGGUUGUCAAAAAAGCAUAAUGAGAACAACAAAUAAUAUUAACUAUGUAUGUACAAACUAAAAAUUAUGUAAAAUCUAUGUUAACUAAAUUUCAAUUUGUUGAUGUGAUUGGUUUUUUUAAAUAAAGCUGUAAGAGAAAGAUAA